UUUGGUAGGAAGCGGGAGGAGUAGAAGACGACAAUUCCCAAUACGACCCUCGGCACGGUUUUUUGACGCAAACUCAGUACCCGCACCUGGUACUGUAAAGUGAACGGGAAGCAGAGUGACUGAGAACUGGAAGAAGAGCCGCCAUGCCAUGUUCCGCCAGAUGCUGCGAGCCGUGAUGCUGGCUCCUCGCCUGGGCCACUGUGCCAAGUGGAGGGAGCUCACCUGGAGUCCCGGCCGCCUGACCAUGAAUUCAGACAAGAGGCCCCGGGUGAAUGGCGACAGCGAGGAUUUUGACCGUAUCUUCAAUCAGGUGGUAGGCGACCUGACCCAGGAGGACCUGAAGCACCCAGAGAUCGGGGAUGCCAUCAAACGGCUGAAGGAGGUGCUUGAGUACAACGCUCCCGGAGGGAAGAGGAAUCGGGGUCUCUCGGUCAUCGCCUCGUUCCGCGAGCUCGCAGCUCCCCACCAGCAGACUGAGGAGAACUUCCGUCUGGCGCUUAUCGUCGGCUGGUGUGUGGAGCUGCUACAAGCCUUCUUCCUGGUCGCGGACGACAUCAUGGACAAUUCUGUCACCAGGCGGGGUCAGGUCUGCUGGUAUCGGAAGGAAGGAGUGGGUCUGGAUGCCAUCAAUGACUCCUACCUCCUAGAAUCCGCCGUUUACCGCCUCCUCCGCAGGUACCUGAGGUCCCAUACCUGUUACAUUCACCUGCUAGAGUUAUUCCUCCAGACGUCCUACCAGACGGAGCUGGGACAGUCACUGGACCUGAUGACAGCCCAGCCCAGCCGUGUGGAUCUGGACCAGUUCACUGAGGAGAGGUACAAGGCCAUUGUAAAGUACAAGACUGCCUUCUAUAGCUUCUACCUGCCCGUGGCUUCCGCCAUGUACAUGGCUGGGAUCGACGGCGAGGAGGAACAUCGCAUUGCCCAAACCAUCCUCCUGGAGAUGGGGGAGUUCUUUCAGAUUCAGGACGAUUACCUGGACUGCUAUGGAGACCCUGAGGUGACCGGUAAGGUCGGUACAGACAUUGAGGACAACAAGUGUAGCUGGCUGGUGGUUCAAGCACUGAAGAGUGUCACUCCCAAACAGAGGAGGGUGUUAGAGGAGAACUACGGCCAGCGGGAGCCGGAGAAGGUGGCGAGGGUGAAGGCUCUGUACAAGGAGCUGAGACUAGCUGAAGCCUUCCAUCAGUAUGAAAACCAGAGCUACCAGCAGCUGAGGGGGCUGGUGAGCGAGCACUGCAGCCGCCUGCCUCAGGACGUCUUCCUCACCUUCGCUGACCGCAUCUACAAGAGGAAGAAGUAGAUCGAAGGAGCGCGACUUUCCCUUCGCCCUGGUGCUAAUCUCCAACCCGAGGGUCAAGGACCCAAAACUGUACAUAGGGGAAGGGGAUGUGUAUGUAUUGUAACGUGGGAACAGACUGUCUGAGGUUCACCGUGGGGGGAGAGCGAGCGCUGGUGGGAAUAAUUUAUUCUGAAGUAAACCCAAUGGGCAUCAGUGGAAAAUUAUUCUGUUUGAUGGGACGGUGUAGAGGGAGCUUCACUCUGUCUAGUGUGUAACUAUAAAUAAAUACUUAAAAACUGUCGUAACUGAU